CCGUAAUUCAAGACUCCCGCUCCCCAGGUCAAGCACAGUCUAAAAGUCCCUCUCCCCCCCAGAACAUGGUCCAGCACAAUGCUGGAUUUCAUUGCUCAAACUCGCAUACGCAAAGCGCGACACCAUUUCAUCAAAGAGAUCAAAAAAGAUGCCGUCCUCCGACUCGCGUCCUCACACCGCAACGGUGAUGAAUGCGACUUCUUUCGUCCACCUACUCGCGGAAGCUUCAACAUGUGCUACUUCGUUCGCUUCCGCGACGGGGAAGCAUGGGUCGUCCGCAUCCCGAUUCAACCAUACCUUUCCUUCGAGGCCCAGCAAAAGAUAGAGAGAGAGGUUGCUACCAUGCGGCUAGUGUCCGAACGAACGACCAUUCCCCUUCCACGAAUCAUAGCAUCUUCACUCGACGGUGGCGUUUGCGAGAUUCCAUCGUUUCUGAUUCUCGAAUAUGUUCAAGGCACUGCACUCUCCGACAUCAAAAUCAUCAAACUUGAACCCUCCGAACGAACCGUCCUCCAAGAAGAAUUAGCCAGCAUAUAUGCGCAACUCCGACGCCUUACAUUUCCAUCCAUCGGUGCAUUGUCUUUUGCAUCAGGAGGCGACGUGGAGGUCGCUCAAGGGCCGGUGUCCAUUGAGUUCAACAUGCAAGAUUUGGAAGGGAUCGAGCCCUGGAAAAUACGCGACUUCCGUGGCCGACAGGGAAUCAUGUCGUCCGCAACGUCGUACGUGCUAUCGCUUCUUGAUAUAAUGCAGAACGCCUUCGAGAGGAGCCCAGCCAGUAUCGGCGACGAGGAAGAUGGUUGCAUGACGCUAUAUUACCUCGCCCGGUUUCGGAGCUUCAUAGAAGGGUGGCUGGACAAGGCCCUUGACGAAGGACCCUUCGUUUUGUCACACGGCGACCUCUUCGAUCGCAAUAUUAUCAUCGACGACAGCAUGCGCAUUGUGGCUGUACUCGAUUGGGAGUGGGCGCAAGUUGUUCCACUGCAGUUGUUUACGCCCCCUCGGUGGCUCCUCGUUCAGUCGCUCAAGGUGAUCACCGCGCGGGAGUAUUACCAGUGGCAUGUCGAAGGGCUGGAAGGCUUCUAUGACCUCCUACAACGAAAAGAGAUGCAGCUAUACGGCAACACGCUUCUUUUCGAUAACUGGGCGCAAGCGCACCACAAUGGUGCCUUCGCCGCCGCCGCUGCGCUUUCGGAGAUGGACCUCGAGGCCGUGGUCUCCUUUGGCUAUCGCUACCUAGAUGAUGCGCAAAUGUCAAAAGACGCUAUCGAUUGUUUUAUGGCCGCAGACCCGGCUCGGUGUGAGCUCAUUGCCAGAAAAGUUAGAGAGGGGGAAAUAUAUGACGAGGAAGUUGCACGUCUCAAUCCCGACGACCGUAGCAACAAUUUGAGUGACAGCUUCAGUGUCACAGAACCAAACCAGCUACAGGAAGCAGAGGAGACCUCAAUGUCCGAGACGAAUCUCGUAACCACUGCGUCAACAGUUCGAAAAAAGGCGUGACAUGAGCACAGUGUUAACAGAAUGGUUGUUGACGGGUCGCUCAUGUGUGAACUCCCACUCAAGCCUUACCAAUGCUCCGUGAGAAUUGAGUCAGCUGGCUCUUACAGGUAAGUAUUUCCAUUGUUUCUUUUACAGGUUUUCCUUACUUGUCCGAGAGGCCUGAAACCCAUGUCAAAGAAGGGUUUCCCAAUUGUUGCUUGCCCAAUAUACCACUGGUAAAAUAUUUAGUACCUGGAACGGGACUAUCCAGGGCUGCCUACAUACCGGAGUCCUCCAUGCUUGCGGUUUCUAUAUAUUUCAUAGCAAAUCGUUGCCGGAAGAAACUAUUACCUACAUCCCGCGUCUUAGCUCAGUACUGACUUGUUGUCUUGUUUUCUGUUUGAGCUUAGAGGUAU